AUGAGUUUGUUACAUGCUAAACUAUAUUCAGUUGAAUUGGGAGUCACUCACAACACAAACAAAAUUCGAUGUAAUUCGUCUAGUAUUGCAACUUGUCACGGGUUGAUACCUGAUAUGACCGUUAUUUAUAAAAAGCAUGAAGUAGAAAUUGCAGUCAUAGAAUCUUCCAAAUCAAAACUUACUGAUGAUAUUGCAAAAAAUGAGGGUGAUAAGAUUAAACUUGCAGUUCUCAUGCACAAUCAACUUACUACAAUUCAUGACAAAUUGGCAAAAGAAGAAAAAAGAGCAAAAUCAGAAAAAUUGAAGUUUAUGGAAUUUGUACAUCAAGUGAUUAUAUGA